AUGUCACUUGCAGCAGCAGCAACAACAACAACAACACCAACUGGACUAACAAACAAGCAUAAUGAUAGCAACAACGGUGGCGACCUACACGUUGGUAUCCCAUACAGGAAUGCUCCGACCCAUUCUUCUUGCCCCCUGAAGCAUCAAGCUCCACCACCACAAUCAUUGUACCAUCAUUGCCAAACCAUCUAUAAUCAGCCACUGCAAGCAUCAUGGAUAUCACCCGAUGAAGACGAUGAAGAUGACGACGAAGAUGAAGUGGAUACUGAAAGCGGGAGCGAAACACCACCUAUCAAGGAUAAUGCAGCAGCUGUUGUCGGCAGGUACGAGGCACUGUUGGAUGAUGAAGCUAUCACCAAAAGCUAUCUUGACCCACCAUGCAUAUCGUCACCACCGAUUACUACUUUGGAAAAGACAAAGACGGCAUCCAAGUUAUCACAAAUUAAAAGCAGGAUUCAAUCUACACCUUCUCCAACAACAACAACAGCAACAACCACAAUGAGAAACAAAGAUGAAGGAUUGGACAAGGGAGCACUGCUUACAAGAAUAGUGGAAAGAGAUGCAGCCAUUGGUAGUAGACCUUCUUUAUCACCACUGCCAACACCGCCACCAUCCACUACCCCUCGUUCCCCUUUGCCAAUGGGUGGUUCGUCAACUUCCUCCUUGCAUUCAAGAUCCUCCUUGGCACAACGCAACAUGAUUAUGCGUAGUGGGUCAUUGCCAUCUUUAUCAUAUCAUCAUCAUCAUCAACAGCAGCAGCCACCCAUUUCAUCCAUGCUUUCUUCCACUUCCACAUGUUCUUCGUCUUCGGCAAGCUCUGAUCCACUCUUUUCUGCAGGCACUGGAAGCAGCAGCAAUAGCAGCAAUGGAGAAGCAAAUGAUUCUUUUUCACCUGUACCAUCAUCUUCUUCAUCUUCACGUCUCAAGCUUGCUUUUCAGAAACUACGUGGUCGUCAUUCUAGUGCUGCAACAAAAAACAAUGAACCCAUGGGUCCAUCGUUUUCCGAUAAGAGUACGAGUCGUAAGAGCACAUGCAGCACCAUAACCACAAAAUCAUCGCCAACGGGGCCGGCACCCACCAAAAGCACAUCGCUUGCAAAAAGAAUACGAAGCAAAUUCAACAAGUCAAAGUCGCCAAAAAAGACAACAACGACGACGCCUACCACCAACAACCGUGUUUCACGAACGACGUCUCUUACGUCAGUGGCUACGUGGUCAUAUCCAGAACAACAGCAACAACAACAACAGCAACAGCAACAGCAUCCAUUCAAUAAGGGGGAUACAACAAGACGACUUGUAAGCAACCAGGAUCGAUCAUCACGACACAACAACAAGCAUCGUAUUACACAGCAACAUUGGCCUCAUAAUCAUGCUCAUCAUUACCAUCAUCACCAUCCUCAUCAUCAUCAUCACCGGCACAACAACCUACAACAGCAACACCAUACCCCUCCUGCUCCUUCUCAUCAUCAACGUAUGAUGCAACCCAUGCCAUCCAUGUCAUCUCCACCACCUUCCAAAGGAGCUAUUCCUCGAGUGACAUCUGACAUGUUGUUAUCUUCUUGUUCGCAACAACAACAACAACCUUCACCCUUGCCAUUGGCGGCAUCUGAUACAAGUGUGGUACGUUUUGCACGGGUUGUGUCAGUCAAAGAGACAUUCUCUCGGUAUGAAUAUGAUCGUGGAUCGGAUCCGGAUGCAGUGUGCACGCGACUCACACCCGCCAUGGCACAAUACAUCAAACAAGAACUCAACAUGUACAAAUUGAAUGAGAUGCCAGUCCAUGAACAAAGUCGUGUCCAUACCCACUUUUUCUUGUAG